AUGCCUUACAGAUCCCCAUUGCCUAACCUGCGAGACCGUCCUGCCUCGCCCCCUACUCGUCGCCGACGCUACCAAUCGCCCCCUCGACGCCCAGAAUUCCAGGCUCUCGAUGCUCCUCGAGUAAAUGAUGUCGAUCCCGGCCGCUGUCAGGCUAGAGAACAAGUAUUGCUGGAGAAGGAAAUCAACCGGAAACUUGGCAAACCCAAUGACGAUGGCACGGUUGCGACCAGAUUCAAUGCCGAUGAUGCUGCCAAGGCAGAUUCUGCCAAACCUUUGGGCUCUAGAAGUGGUGGUGCCUACAUCCUCCCAGCGAGGCUGAGGGCAAUGCAAGCAGAGGCGGCAAAGGACAAGAAGAGUGCAGAAUACCAGCGAAUGAGUUGGGAUGCGCUGAAGAAGAGUAUCAACGGUCUUAUCAACAAGGUCAACGUUGCCAACAUCAAGCAUGUGGUUCCCGAACUCUUUGGGGAAAAUCUCAUCCGGGGCAAAGGUCUUUUCGCGAGGUCUAUCAUGAGAGCCCAGGCUUCGUCUUUGCCAUUCACCCCUGUCUUUGCGGCUCUGGUAUCCAUCAUCAAUACUAAGCUGCCCCAGGUCGGCGAACUUGUCUUGAUCAGGCUGAUCAGUCAGUUCCGACGAGCCUACAAGCGAAAUGACAAGCUUGUUUGCCACGCCACCUCCACCUUCAUCGCCCACCUCUGCAACCAAUACGUCGCUCACGAGGUUGUCGCUCUCCAAAUUCUCCUUCUCUGCCUCGACCGCCCCACCGAUGAUUCAAUAGAGAUCGCCGUAGGCUUCAUGCGCGAGGUCGGCCUCUUUCUUUCGGAAGUGUCGCCCAAAGCCAACAACACCGUCUUUGAGAGAUUCAGGGCGGUCUUGCAUGAGGGCGAGAUCAGCAAGAGGUGUCAGUAUAUGAUUGAAGUGUUGUUCCAGGUCAGGAAAGACAAGUUCAUGGACAACCCUUCGGUGCCUGAGGGUCUGGAUCUGGUUGAAGAGGAUGAGCAGAUUACGCACAAGAUUACGCUGGACGAUGAGCUCAAGGUGCUCGAGAGUCUGAAUUUGUUCAAAGCCGACCCCAACUUUCUCCAGAAUGAGGAGCGUUACGCCGAAAUCAAUCAGGAAGAUGAUGAAGACGAUGUCGCGCCGGAGAAGCAGGGUAUUCAGGAUAUGACCGAGACCAACUUGAUCAACCUCCGAAGGACGAUCUAUCUGACCAUCAUGAACUCGCUCAACUACGAAGAAGCUGUCCACAAGCUCAUGAAGAUCAACAUUCCUGAAGGGCGCGAAAUCGAGCUGGGCAGCAUGAUUGUCGAGUGUUGCUCUCAAGAGCGAGCCUACUCGAACUUUUACGGUCUUAUCGGCGAGAGAUUCUGCAAGCUGAACCGAGUCUGGACUGACAACUUCCAAGAGGCGUUUGAAAAGUACUACGACACCAUCCAUCGAUACGAGACCAACAAGCUGCGAAACAUCGCUCGAUUCUUCGGGCAUCUGCUGGCAUCGGACGCCAUCUCAUGGGCCGUCUUGCAAGUCGUGCGUAUGAACGAGGACGAGACCACCUCUUCCAGCCGUAUCUUUGACAGAAUCAUGCUGCAGGAGAUGGUAGAGGAGCUCGGUGUCAACAAGGUCGCCGAGAGGUUCCGUAUCCCCGACUUCCGCCCCGCUUUUGCCGGCAUGUUUCCGAUGGACAAUCCCAAAAACACUCAAUUCUCCAUCAACUACUUUACGUCCAUCGGUAUGGGCAUGGUCACCGAAGAUAUGCGCGAGUAUCUCCAGAACGCGCCCAAGCUGCUUGCUCCCCAGCACGCGGCUAUGGCCGCAGAGGAGUCUUCGGACUCGAGCUCUUCAUCCGACAGCUCCGACUCAGAAUCUAAUUCGGCCUCUGACUCUUCUUCGUCGAGAGCGUGA